GUGGGAACCCGGCCCGGGCCCGGAGGGAGGGAGCGAAGGAAGGAAGCGGCCUUUGUCCCGGCCCGGACGCCGCGAGCGCGGGCGGGGGGGCUCCAGAGCCAACCAGAGGCACCAAGACUGCGGCCCCCACCAGAGGCCUCUGGGAGGUCGGCUCCCAGGAAGGGAAUAACCAUGGAAGCCCCUUGGACUCAAGUGCGGGAGGAGCGAGCUCCAGUCUGCCUCAGCUCCCAGCCAGUGACUCCGGGCGCCCGGGGGCAGAGGAGAGAGCUUUGGGCCGGAAGCUGGGGCCCCUGGGCUCCCCCUCUGACUCACUGCGUGAACUUGGAAAAGUCACCUCCCCCCUGUGAACCCCCGUGCUCCCGCCUCGGAAGCGGCUGUGGUGGAGGAGGACUGGACAGCAUCAAGGAGGCCGGACCCCUUGUUCCAGGGGACCAGGCUCUUCCAGCUCCAGGCUGCCCCGGGCCCGCCGAGGAGCACGAGACAGCGCACGCGCCCCUCCUCAGGGUGCAGGAGGCGGUGACAUUCAAGGACGUGUACGUGGACUUCAGCCUGGCCGAGUGGGGCUAUCUGGGCCCUGACCAGAGGGAGCUCUACAGGGACGUGAUGCUGGAGAACUACUGGAACCUGGUCUCGCUAGGAGCCGAAUUCCCCAGCUCCAAACCUGAGCUCAUCUCCCAGCUGGAGCAAAGUGGAGGAGAGCCAUGGCCGCGGGAAGGACCCCCGGGGGGCCCCUGCCCAGAUGGGCGCCCCAGGACUCUGGAUUCAGGGCCACGCCGGGAUGUCCCUGAAAAAUCUCCCUCUCGGGAAGAAAAACUUGAAGGGCUCAGAAGAGAUGGCUCAGGGGCCUUCAGGUUGAGACAAGCCUCAGAACAUGAGGGUCAAGGAGCUCCACAGCAGAGUAGCCGGGAGCCCCCCCGGACCCCCCUGCCUACCUCCCACAAAGACCUGCCUUCUGGGGACAGAGGCUACGAAUGUAACAAAUUUAUUAGAAAUCUGGGCCUGAGAAACCUUUCCAUAGCACGGGGAGAGACCCCAUCCGUAAAGACUCUCCUCAGUCGUGACAACAGAGAGAGCUUCCAACAAAACUCAGUCACGGCUAAACUUCCCAGAAGCAGCGGCGAGAAGAGACCUUUUCGGUGUACGGAGUGUGAAAGGACCUUUCUUUAUCAGUCGGACCUUAUUAUACACCAGAGAAUUCACACUGGAGAGAAACCUUAUAAAUGUAAUGACUGUGGUAAAGCCUUCAGUAAUAGUUCCUACUUUAUUCAGCAUCAUAUCAUUCAUACUGGAGAGAAGCCUUACGCGUGUAAUAUAUGUGGGAAAACCUUCAGCCAGAGCUCAUCCCUCACUGAACAUCAGCGCAUUCACACCGGGGAGAAGCCCUACUCGUGUAAAGAGUGCGGGAAGGCCUUCACGCAGAGCUCGUCCCUAAUCAAGCACCAGCGCUGCCACACUGGAGAAAAGCCCUUCAAGUGUAAGGAGUGUGGCAAAGCUUAUACCCAGGUGUCCCACGUUGCCCGCCACAGAAAAAUCCACACUGGAGAGAGACCCUAUAAAUGUAACGAGUGUGGGAAAGCCUUCUUUCACACCGCCUCCCUUACGCAACACCAGGCGAUUCACACGGGGGAGAAGCCCUACAAGUGCAACGAGUGUGGGAAAACCUUCAGCCACAGCUCGUCCCUGACUCAGCACCAGCGAGUGCACACCGGCGAGAAGCCCUACGAGUGCGGCGACUGCGGCAAGUCCUUCAGCCACAGCUCCUCUCUCACCCAGCACCAGCGCAUCCACACUGGCGAGAAGCCCUACGGGUGCAACGAGUGCGGGAAGGCCUACACCCAGAUCUCACACCUCAUGCGCCACCAGACCGUCCACAUGGGGGAAAAGCCCUAUAUCUGCAAUGAGUGCGGGAAGGCCUUCAGCCACACCUCGUCCUUCACGCAGCACCUGACCGUGCACACCGGAGAGAAGCCCUACAAGUGCAACGAGUGCGGGAAGACUUUCAGCCAGAAUUCUUCCCUUACACGGCACUUGAGGAUUCACACCGGAGAGAAGCCCUACGUGUGCAAGGAGUGUGGGAAGCGUUACACUCAGGUCUCCCAUCUUAUUCAGCACAAGAGAAUUCAUACUGGAGAGAAACCUUACCGCUGUGGCGAGUGUGGCAAGGCCUUCAGCCGGAGCACCCACCUUAAUGAACAUCAGAAAAUUCACACCGGAGAAAAGCCCUAUAAAUGUAAUGAAUGUGGGAAAUCUUUUAGCCACAGCUCCUCUCUUAAUCAACAUCAGAGGAUUCAUACUGGAGAGAAGCCUUAUGAAUGUGAUGACUGUGGGAAAACCUUCAGCCAGAGUAUACACCUUAUUCAGCAUCAGCGAAUUCACACCGGGGAGAAACCCUAUGAAUGUAACGAAUGUGGGAAAGCCUAUACCCAGAUCUCCCACCUUCUUCAACACCAGAAGAUUCAUACAGGAGAAAGACCCCAUCGAUGCGCAACAUGUGCAGAGAGUUUUAGGCAGAAUGCAGACCAGAUCAAACAUCGAGUAAUCCAUGCUGGAGAGAAAGCUCACACAUGCGACGAAUGCGGGAAGGCCUUCAGUCACCGCUCCAACCUUAUUCGACACCAGAGAAUCCAUACGGGAACCAGACCCUAUGAAUGUAGUGAGUGUGGGAAACUCUUCAGUCACAGUUCAUCCCUUAUCCAGCAUCAGAUAACCCACACUGGAGAGAAACCUUACCGGUGUAAAGACUGCGGCAAGGCUUUCAGCCGGAGCGCCUACCUGACCGAACACCAGCGGAUUCACACCGGGGAGAAGCCCUACAAAUGUGGGGCUUGUGGGAAGGCCUUCGGCCGGAGCACGUACCUCGCCCAGCACCAGAGAGUGCACAUCGGGGAGAAGCCCUACGCAUGCGGACAGUGUGGGAAAAGCUUCAGCCACCGGUCGGCCAUCACCCAACACCAGAUCGUUCACACAGGAGAGAAACCUUACGAGUGUAUCGAGUGUGGGAAAGCCUUCGGCCGGAGUGCUUACCUUAGCAUCAGAAAAUUCACAUCGGGGAGAAGCCUUAUGAAUGCGGGCAGUGUGGGAAAAGCUUCAGCCACCGGUCCGCCAUCGCCCAGCAUCAGAUCAUUCACACGGGAGAGAAACCUUACGAGUGUGGCAUUUGUGGGGAGGCCUUCGGCCGCAGGGCCCACCUCACUCGCCACCAAAGGACUCACACCCGAGAAAGACCCUACGGGUGCAGCGAGUGCGGGAAGGCCUUCAGCCACAGCUCCACCCUCCUUCAGCACCAGAUCAUCUCCACUGGGGAGAAGCCCUACGAGUGUAACGUGUGCGGAGAGGCCUUCAGCCGCAGCGCCCACCUCACUCGCCACCAAAGGACUCACACCCGAGAGAAGCCCUAUGGAUGCAGCGAGUGCGGGAAGGCCUUCAGCCACAGCUCCACCCUCGUGGAGCACCAGUUCCUACACACCGGGGAGAAGCCUUACAGAUGUGACGAGUGUGGCAAGGCCUUCAGCCGGAGCACCUAUCUCACUCAGCACCAGAGAAUCCACACCGGAGAGAAGCCCUACGAGUGCAGAGAGUGUGGGAAGGCCUUCCGGUUGCGCUCAACCCUCACUCAACAUCAAAUCAUCCACACCGGGGAGAAGCCCUACAAGUGCACUGAAUGCGGGAAGGCCUUCAGUCAGUUUUCGACCCUCAUUCGCCACCAGAGAACCCAUUCUGGAGAGAAAGCCUAGUCCUGUCAGAGGUCCAGAAGGUCGUGAGCUGAGCAGGAGCCAGGAGUCUCUGGUCCCCGAUCUGCCGCCCACUUGGUGAGCCCGGUCCCGUCAGUCAGCUGCCAAAUGGGAGGCUCAGACGAUGUGAACCUUAGCCUUAGGAUCUCAGGUCAGUCUCCUCCUUGGUGCCUCAUUUUCUUCAAAUCUAAAAUUAAGAUGAGGUGACGAACGAUAUCCCU